AAAGCAACGGAGCCGGGGAUUUUUAUUUGGUUCAUUCAAAAGAAAACAAAAGCGAGAUUUGCAAGUGCAAAUGAAAUGGCUCUCUUUAUUUGAACAAGUUUUGCUCCUUAAUCACAAUGAAAAAUACAAGGGAAAAAAUAGACACGUGUAACAGCUUAAGUAAAUGGAAAGCAAGUUAUGUUUUCCAAAAUGUAAGCGAAUAUGUAAAUAUAGACCAACAGUACGAAGAGGGAACUAAAGAAUAUUUUUGGAAACGACGCUACACCAUCGCUAUGCAUGGAUUCGCAGUUUAUUUUCUUUUGAAUGCUCACAGAAUCAAUAUGAGUGUUGCCAUAGUAGCAAUGGUGGAUUUCUCAGAUUACGAAAAUUUUAAUAUUCAACGAGUCUCAAAUGCAUCGACAGAUAUUAUUAAUGAACUUUUGCAUGGUCAACAAAUCAGUAAGUACAAUUGGAGCCCGAAAAUCCAAAGUGGAAUUUUAGGAGCUGGAUUUGCUGGUUAUGUGUUGUUUUUGAUAAUUGGUGGAACACUGGCAGAAACCUUUGGACCCAGAACAAUACUUAUCAUUGGUACAUUCAUUUCAUCCUUCACAACGGCGAUUACUCCAUUAACAGCUAACGUGAGCCCUUAUUUUUUGAUGUUUGUCCAAUGUGUUCGAGGAAUUGCACAGGGACUUAUGUUCCCAUCAAUGACAGUUGUAUCAAUAAACUGGUUCCCCAGCACUGAGCGUGGGCUUCUCUCUGGACUUGCCCUCUCAGGACUCAUAUUUGGACUUUUACUGUCUGGAAUUUUAUCAAGUUUAAUUUGCGAUAGUAUCUCUAUGGGAGGAUGGCCAGUAGUUUUUUAUUUCUUUGGAGGACUUGGAAUUUUUGUUUCAUUUCUUCAACUGAUUUCUUUGAAGAAUUUGCCUGAAGAAGACCCAAGAAUAUCUGAUGCCGAAUUAAAAUACAUUUUAGCGAAUCAAGAGAAUAAAUUAACGAUAAAGAGACCAGCAGUUCGGUGGGGGGAAAUAUUAUGCUCUGUUCAGACAUAUGCUCUGCUUUUUGGCACAUUUGGUAAAUUUUGGGCUGGAAUUCAUUUCAUAUCAAUCCAUGCAACGUUUUUUGCUACCAUUCUUCGCUAUCCACUGACUCAGAAUGGAAUACUGAUUUCAGUGCCUUACAUACUUUCGAUAGUCUGUAAUGUGUCAUCAAGUGCAUUGUCUUCAUUUUUGAGUGCAAAAAACUAUUUGAGCGUCAGCAAUCUCAGAAAACUAUGGCAUAUUAUUGGAUGUGCAACCUAUUCCCUGUGCCUUGCUCUUGUGGUUUUAUCCAAUUGUGAUAGCACGGUGUCAAUCAUCAGCACUGUUAUUGGAAUAGCGUCUCUGGGGUUUGCCAAUAGCGGAAUUCUGAUUGUUCCUUUAGAUAUGACACCGAAAUUUGCCGGUUCUUUAAAUGCUCUAACUAUAACAAUUGGAUCGUUAGCUGGAGUCAUACUUCCUGCAGUAUGUGGAGUUCUAACGAAUGAAAAGCAAACAGUCCAACAGUGGAACAAGUUCUUCAUCGUCAGCAUUGUGAUAGUCAUGAGCUCAGCAAUUAUUUUUUGCAUUUUUGGAACUGCAGAAAUUCAAAGCUACAACUUUAUAGACGAGGACGUGUAUACCAAUGAGGAAAGACCGAAGGAAAAACAAAUAGUUACUCAAAGACUGCUGAACUGAAAGAUGUAUCUGAUUUUCAAACACAGAUGAAUUGCUUUCAUGUGAACACAUCCACGUUUCAAUUAAAUCAGACUAUGGAAAAUAAAAGUAUACUUUAUUAUCGAAAACUUGUCUACAUAAACGCACGAAAAC